UUAAGAACUAUAUCUACUGACACCCAUGCCACUUGAGUGAAUGAAGAAAAGCUUGAAAUCAUUCAGUGUUUCAGCCUCAACCAUUUUCUGUGGCAGCAAUUCCACAGGCUCACCGCUCUCUGGGUAAUGCUGCCUGGCCUGCUGUGUGCCUCUAGCUCCACACUGUGUUAUCUCUUACUCCAGCAUCAGUAGUUCUUACUAUCUCAAAGAAAUUUCUCCAUCUGGUCCAGCCAUCACCAAAGAUGAAACGGCCACACAAUGAAGUCCUCACAGAUCUAAACAGAUGUCCUGGCUGGGUUGAACGUGACUGAGAGUUAUACUCCCAUGAAACUAACAUCUCCCACCUGUAGCUCACCUGUAGCUUUCUGUCAUGGUUGAGUUGGGCAAUGAACCCUAAAGGCUGCAAAGGCUAUUAAUUGUUUCACAAACAGAGAGGCUGCUCCAGCUUACCGGAACUCCUGCUGAACUGCUCAAACACAGAAAGUCCCAUCUACCACCACGCUUUCAUGAGCUCAUCCUCCUCCUCUGUUGGGACGUCAGAUCUGUCCAAUGGGACAUGUGUGAUGGAAAAACAUCUCAAUUUGAACGAAGAAAGGCGACAGAGGGGUUUGUACUAACUGCAGGGAUAUGUCAGUCAGUAUCAUGGGGAAAGCCUUCACUAAGAUCAUGUUUAAAAGACGUCCUCUACUUUCAGAAUGAGUGCAUUCAAAAGCAAAGUACAGUUCCUGUGCUGGCCGAUCGAAAUUGGACACUCCAGUCACCAGUGCAUCAGAAGUAGGGAGCAGGAUAUACGCCCUUACCUUAUGUUUGUCGAGCUCACUAAAACACUCAGUGCUGUUCGUAGGGCCAAAUUGAAUAAGAUUUUGGGGAAAUUGUCUGUCCUUCAGAGCUCCUCGGUCUGAUCCACUCCACGUGUCCUGUACUGGACUGUCUGACUGCAUCAUUUCCGACAAUUUCAGGGGAAUUAGAACAGGAGGAUUUGAAGUCGGAAAACUGAAACCCAAAAUCAAAUCAAGAUCUGAUGGAGUCACCCAAUUUACCACAACCUGAAUAACAUUGGAUUGUGAACAUGGAAGGUAAAAGCACUGUUCACAGUGGAGAGAAGCUAUACACGUGUUCUGUGUGUGGACGAGGCUUCAGUCAAUUAUCUGGCCUGUCGAGACACAAGUGCAGUCACACUGGGGAGAAGCCAUGGAAAUGCAAAGACUGUGGGAAGGGGUACAGAUCCCCAUCUCAGUUGGAAACUCAUCGACGCAGUCACACUGGAGAGAGGCCAUUUACCUGCCCAGAGUGUGGGAAGGGAUUCACUCUGUCAUCCAACUUAUUGACACACCAGCGAGUUCACACUGACGAGAGACCUUUCAAGUGUCCAGACUGUGGGAAAUGCUAUAAAAGUUCUGGAGAACUGAUUCGCCAUCAAGGUGUUCACAUUGAUGACAGACCGUUCAGGUGCUCUCAGUGCGGGUCUGGGUUCAGACGAUCAUCUCACCUCACAGUACACCAGCGAGUUCACACUGGGGAGAGACCGUUCAUCUGCUCCGAGUGUGGGAAGGGAUUCGCUCAGUUCCCCAACCUGCAGAAACACCAGCAGGUUCACAGUAAUGAGAAGCCAUUUACCUGCCCCGAUUGUGGGAAGGGAUUCACUCAAUCAUUCAGCUUGCUGAGACACCAGCGAGUUCACACUGGGGAGAGACCAUUCACCUGCUCACAGUGUGGAAACACAUUUACUCAGUCUUCCAGCCUGCUGAGACACCAACGAGUUCACACUCAAGAGAGGCCAUUCUCUUGCUCCUUGUGUGGAAAGGGAUUCACGACUUCAUCCAGUCUAGUAGAGCAUAAGCGAGUUCACACUGGGGAGAGGCCAUUCAACUGCUCCGAGUGUGGAAUGGGAUUUACUAAGUCAUCCACCUUGGUGAGACACCAGCGAAUUCAUAAAUAACUGCAGUGAUGAGAUUCUGGUGUUAAUCAGAUCAAAGACUGCACCAAAUUCAUUGGGUUCCUGCUGAUACUAAUAAACUUCUGUCCAGUCAUAGGCAUUAAUAU